AUGAAGUUUUAUUCUGUCGAAGAUAUUAAGGGCUUGAAACUGCCAAUAAAGAAAAUACUAAUUUUGACAAAAAUUUUUAAUAAAGAACAAGAGCUUGAUUUUGUCAAGAAAGAAAAUGCAAACCUUAAAAUAAAGAAACAAGAGCUUGAAACUGCCAAUAAAAAAAAUGCUAAUCUUGACAAAAAACUUUCAAUAAAAGAAUAUGAGCUUGAUUCUGUCAAGAAAGAAAAUAUGAACCUUAAUAAAAAACUCACAAAAAAGAAACAAGAUUAUAAAGAAUUACAAACAAAAAUUAAAGCCCUUAUCAAAAAAAUGGAAUCUCUUAAAAAAGAAGUUAAAAUAUUAGAAAAACAAAGAAUAGUAGAUGAAAAAAGAAAAAAGUAA